AUGUUAGGUAAAAAAUCUGGCGUCGUAGAAAAGCUACUACAACAAUUUCCCAACAUUGUUCCUUGGCAUUGCAUGAACCAUAGGAUAGAGUUAGCUGUGAGUGACUCUAUCAAUGACGUUGGGGCUAUUAACCAUUUUCAAAUGUUUAUGGACAAACUGUACACUCUGUAUAGUAAAUCGCCUAAAAACCAAAGAGAACUAGCCGAGUGUGCUAGGGAGCUUGAUUUGCAACUACAGAAAGUUGGUCGCAUUUUGGGCACGAGAUGGAUUUCCAGUUCAUUUAAAACUGUUAUGGCCGUUUGGUAUGGAUAUCAAGCAUUGUACUCCCAUUUUAAGAAGGCCCAAGAAGACAAGAACAGAACAACAACCGAACGAGCAAUGUACGGUGGGUUGAUUAGGCGCUUGACAUCAACUCAGUUUCUGUCAGAUUUGGCGAUAAUGUAUGACAUAUUAGCUGAAUUAACAAUGGUUUCAAAAUGUCUUCAAAAUAGGGAGGCAACUGUUGUUUAUGCAGACAAACUCAUAAGAAGGUCAAUUGCUUUUUUCGAGUGCCUUAAAGAAAAACCUGGAACUAAGACCCUUGAGGCCAAGAGAGCUGCAAUCACUGGUAAUUUUUGUCAUGUUCCCUUAACAAGUAGCAACAAAAUAACUGCUAUUAAUGACCAGCAGUUGCUAUCAAGUGUUAUUAACAACCUAAAACGGAGACUUUUCACAACAAGAAGCAGUAACGAACCAUCUAAUAAAGCCACAGGGAACAAUUAUGAUUAUGAAAAAGAGUAUGAAUCUCUCCUUUCAGAACUGAAAGUACUUGAAAGUAACAACUGGCCUCCAGAGAAAUAUGUUGGAUACGGUGAACAAGAAAUCGAACAUCUCUGUGCAAGAUUUAGGUUGAAUGCCAACAAAAUUAAGAACAGCUUCAGAGAUUACCUGGAAAACAGCACUACGAUUCCGAAGGACUUAAACCCACUGAUAAACUGCACAAAGCUUAUUCCUUGCAGUUCAGCAGAGUGUGAACGUGGCUUCAGUCACAUGAAUAUUAUUAUAUCGCCAACACGGUCAAAACUGACCAUCGAGCACGUAUCAGCAUUGAUGUUUAUCAAGUUGAAUGGACCAAGUAUCCAGACAUGGAAACCAGAGAAUUACGCCAAGGCAUGGUUAAGACGACACCGUACAGCUGAUGAUACUAGAACUCGACGAGCCAACCUCCAACCUGACAAAGAGGAAGAAGAUGCAAUUGCCAUUUAUUUGUAA